UGUAAAGCUGUACUGUAUGGACAAGGAAGUGAGUCAUAUGCUAAGCACUUACGGUAAAAUGACGCGCUUGUUGGUCGACCGAGCCCAACACGAUUCAAGAAACGUGGAACACUGAUGUACUACAACAAGGAAGCAACGUGCUUAUUCAGGCUAUCAGCCUAUUUGGACAUAACACUUUUGAGGAAGUAGAACUAAAGAGAGCGAAACACAUCGAGUCGUUUUGGAUUCAGCUUAUAUCGGGACGAGAAUGAAGAGAGAAGUGAGUGCUGGAGUGAACUUUCUGAAAGGUUUGGCAGUGGAGCGUGGGGGUGUAGAUCAAAUUAAAGCCAAACUUUUCGCUACUAAAUUACAAGAGCUUCUGCUUGAAAAGUUCUCAAACCACUGGUACCCAGACAACCCCAGCAAAGGACAGGCAUACAGAUGCAUCAGAAUAAAUGAUAGUACUCCCUGUGAUGAAUCAGUAUCACAAGCAUGCAUGGAAAGCAGCCUAAAGCCAAGUGAGUUAGGCUUUCCUCGGGAGAUAACAAUAUGGAUCGACCCGUCGGAGGUGUGUGUGCGGUCUGGGGAGAACGGCAGAUAUUUUACAGUGGCUCAAUUUGCUAAAGUGGAGGAUGAGGAGAAGCACACGAAUAAGGAUGACACUUUUAGCCAAGUGGAUUCUGUGAAUCUGGAUACAUCGGACUACCACUCAGCGACCUCAUCUGACUGCGGCUCGACAGUCUCAAGUGAUACAGAAGAGGAGGUGAAAGAGGACGAAACAAAAAAAGUGGAGGAGAGAAGAACAGUGGAGAAAACAGUUUAUACAACGAGAUCUAAAGCAAGGGAGCCAAAAGGGCGACGCAAGUUUCCCACAGCUCAGAUCCCUGGCCCACAGUACUUUUAUAACCCUGCACCGGUGUGGCCCCAUUACAAGAAAAAGAGAGGCGUGUACUUCACGACCGUAUGCGCACCGGCACCUUCUCCUCUGUUCACUUACUAUGUUGUACCCAAAGCCCCUCCUCAGUUUAUUGUGCCUCACGCUACCCUACAAACCUGGGGGACAGUGAAAGGGUAAAAAGCUCCAAACUAAUUAGCACAUACACCUGGUAUGUUAGAGUAUAUUUAAAAUGUGAGACGUAUCUGCUACUGCAGGGAACUUUAUAGCUUAUCAUAAUGAAAUUGUAAACUUGAGAUAUAGUGAAAAGCAUGCCAACUAUUUAACAUAUAUAUAUUUUUAAACUUUUUUUUUUACCUAUUCUAUCGUUAUUUAGGUUUUCUUUGGUCAGUCAAUAUAUUCAAACUGCUCUUGCACAAAACACUGAAUCUGUUAUUACUUGAUCAAAAACUUUUCAGGAAUUAUUCCUCAACUUUGCCAAAGUUGAUUGCUGCAUACUUGAGAUUUUUUUAUUCAUAGAUAUAGAAAUCACAGCUUUUCCACCAACUUCUGUAGUGAACAUUUAGAUGUUUUGGUAACUUUUUUUAAUGAAAGAAUGUUUGAGAGGUAUUUUAUGUAAUAGAAAACCUUGAGUGAAUGUAAUUAUUGUUUGAAAUACUCAUUCAGUCUAUUUCAAACAAUAGUAUUCAAUGAGUAUUCCCAAAUAUUACCAGCUCAGGUCUGAUAGUUUAUUAAGUCAGUAAUGCCUCUGAAAACACCAAGCAUCCUAUACCGUUUCUAUACCAAAAAAAUCAACUCCUAUAGCCAAAGAGGAUGAGCUACAGUUCCUGACUAAUGUAAAUUAACCUUUUCACUUUCACUAAGAUGAUCAUAUGUGCUCAAGAUGUAGAGAUGACUGCAUUAAUAAUAAUAAUAAUAAUAAAUGUUAUUUAAUUAAUUAUACUAGAUUAUGUGCACAAUUUUACCUUUGCUAAAUGGUAAUGAUACUUUUAUUGUAAUUUAUUCCAAUACCACUAGGUGGUAGUAUACAUUGCCUUAAGCCAUAUUUCCAUAUUUCAUUUUCUUUCAUUUGCUGCAGUCUUGAUGUUUUGAUUGUACAUAUUAGAUUUUCUGCUUGUGAUAGUAUCUGUUUUGUAAAAGUGUAUUGGGUCCUCAUCUCAUCAGUGCUGUCAUAUGUUUUGAAUUAUUUAAAAAUGUUUUUAUAAACUACCUUUUUAGAUUUAUUUAGUUUUUAAACUGUCAUGACUAAUUGAAACUGUUAUAGCAUACAAGUGUCUUUCAACACUGGAUUUUUACCUUUGUUUUAUGUUUAUUAUUUUGUAUAAAUUAAUUGUGUGCAGUUUUGUAUGUUAAACGUCUGCCUGUUUUCUUUGCUCAAUCUUCAGAUGCAUAUUUAUUUGUGCUUUUUUUCUGUUUUUUUUUUUUUUAAAUAAUGUUUUGUUGUUAUGCAAUCACUGUAAAUAUUGCUUCUGUUUGAGCAAAAGAGUAAUGAGAUCUGUUUUCAAUCUAUGUUCAACUGAUCUCUUACAAAUAUAUAUUUUAUUACUGAAACAGUAACAAACGCUUUCUAUUUUUAUUUAUGAUAAAAUAUAAAUAUUUACCCAA